AUGCUUCCCAUCAGACCAGGCAUCUCGCGACAGCUGUCCGCAGCCGCCAUGCAGGUUCCUAUGCUUUCUUCGCCUCUGAAGCAGACGAAUGAAAUCGAGUGGAUACAGCCGAUCAAGCAACAUAUCCGCAGUGCAUAUGGCGACGACCCGGAGCAGUUCAACGAUGAGUGCGCCCAGCUCAACCGGCUGAGACAGGACAUGCGUGGUGCCGGGCAAGAUAGUGCCGCGGGAAGAGAUCUACUCUAUCGAUACUAUGGACAAUUAGAAUUCUUAGACUUGCGCUUUCCGAUCGACGAAAAUCAUAUCAAAAUCAGCUUCACAUGGUUCGAUGCCUUCACACACAAACCGACCAGCCAGUAUUCUCUGGCGUACGAGAAAGCGAGCAUCAUAUUCAAUAUAUCGGCGGUCCUAUCUUGCCAUGCGGCCAACCAGAAUAGACACGAGGACACUGGCCUCAAAACGGCCUACCAUUCCUUCCAAGCCUCCGCGGGCAUGUUCACAUAUAUCAACGAGAACUUUCUACAUGCACCUUCGACAGAUCUCAGUCGGGACACGGUGAAGACUCUCAUCAGUAUCAUGCUUGCUCAGGGACAAGAGGUGUUUAUUGAGAAACAGGUGGUGGAUAAGAAGAAGCCUGGCCUGAUCGGAAAACUGGCCGCACAAGCCGCCUACCUCUACGCCGAAGCCGUACAGGGCGUGCAAGAGAAUGUGUCUAAGGCCAUUUUUGAGCGAGUCUGGCUACAGAUGGUACAGAUCAAACAGCAUCACAUGGCCAGCGUUGCUCAAUACUAUCAGGCUGUGGCUGAUUACGAGGCUAAUAAAUACGGCGAAGCUAUUUGCAGACUGCAAGCUGCCCAGAACGCAAGCAAGGAAGCGCUGCGUAUAGCCAAUAGCUUCCCCGGCUCUGUGCCAUCGAACAGCAACUUGGGUUCUGAAACUGGCACAAUCUUGGUCGACAUGACAAAGAAACAAUUGGCCUCGAUCCAAGAGCUUCUGACUGAACACGUCCGCGACAACGACAUGAUCUAUCACCAGCCAGUACCCGCUGAGGCCAACUUGCCUAGCAUUCCCAAGCUUCCUGCCGCUAAACCCAUGCCAGUGAGCGAGCUUUAUCAAGGACAGGACAUCCAGCGAAUCAUUGGUCCAGACAUCUUCCAGCGUAUAGUGCCUAUGGCAGUCACUGAAAGCGCAAGUCUGUAUGAUGAAGAGAAGGCGAAGUUGGUUCGUGCAGAGGCGGAACGUAUCGAGGUAGCCGACAGUGAGUUGGUGACCUCGCUCGAUUAUAUGAAACUCCCUGGGAGCCUGUCCAUCAUCAAAGGAACAGUCUCGACAGACAUCUCUGUGGACGAAGACUUUCGCACGUGGUGCAACGAGCUCGCGAACCACAGUCCGUUGCAUCCAGUCUUUGAAAUUCUCCGCACUUCGAAGACUACUGUCCUCGGCACACUAGACGAUGCCCUGAAACAGCUCGAUAUGGAAGAAAGCGUAUGCGAAAAGAUGCGCAGUAAGUAUGGCGCGGACUGGACACAACAACCCUCAUCGCGUCUGACAGCCACCUUACGUGGUGAUGCACGGAAUUAUCGCUCAGCGGUUGAGGAAGCCAGCACUAGCGAUGCACAGUUGUACGCCACCUUCCGACAGCAUGAGUCAGACCUGGAUGAGAUGCGUAGCGCUGGCGAAACUGACGAAGCUGAUGUGUUGUACCAGCGCGCCAUGCUCAAGGCAGGCGCUGGGAAGAAAGCCGCAGGCUCGGCUGGACCCAAUAGCCAGGACGGCGAUUUGCUCGGUGAGGAUUUCGAUGACGAAGCACGCCAAAGCAUUUCGGAACAAGUCGAGCGGGUAGAAGGUCUUCUACAGAAGCUCAACCUGGUCAAGCGAGAGAGGGCGCAGGUGUUGAAAGAUCUCAAGGAGAAGGUGCAAACUGACGACAUAUCCAAUACCCUCAUCCUCAGCGUGAAGAAACCCAUCGUCAAUCCGAGCGAGAACCCACUAUUCAAACAGGAACUGGAGAAGUUUCGACCGCAUCAGACUCGGAUCAUGCAGGCACUACACAAGCAGCAAAGCCUUCUCAAGGAGCUAGGCCGAACCUACAACGACCUGCUUGCCGAUCGACGAGUUCGCAAGGAGCAGGAUAAAUACGAAGGCUUUGUGCGGCAACGCAAUUCUGUCCUCGGCAAAUACAAGAAGGUCAUUCAAGCAUUCCGGGAUCUCAACACCGGUCUUGAACGGGCACGCCAAUUCUAUGAGGAGAUGAUUGAAACAUCCGAAAGCCUCAAGAGCAACGUCGAUACCUUCGUGGAGAAUCGGAGAAGCGAGGGAGGCCAGCUUCUGCAAAGCAUAGAGGUGGCUCGGAGCGCCGGUGCUGGCGGAUCUAGUGGCUCCGCAGAACGAGAACAAACCAGAAUGCGAGAGCUCAUGGAGAGAAUGAGUGUCAAUCCGACGACUGCAGCUGCACCGCCGCCGCCGCCUCCGCAGCCAUCUGGUCCCGGGGCCUACGAACAUUUACAGCAGCAACAGCCUUCACGGCAUCGCCCGGCGCCUCUGCAAUCCUUCGCCCAACAAGCCCCUGGGAUUGCUACUUACAACCCUGCGGCCAGCCCCCCGGUCACUCCUCGAUAUGCCGGUGUGCAGCAAAAUUCGGGCAUGUCUAGUAUGGGCGGACAAUAUCCUCAAUCACAUCAGCAACAACAAUACCAGCAGCGCGACAGCAGCUACAUCCCAUCGUCAUAUGCGCCCAUAUCUCCACCUCCCCAACAGCAAUUUUUCAAUCCAGGUUCCAUGGCCGGCGGAAACAUGCCACCAACAGGUCAAUCGCAACACUCAAUACCGCAGAGCGCAUUCAAGGGUUAUGGACAGCCAGCAACGCAGAACCAACCACAACCUGGCCAAUACGGAGGCGCGUACCCGCAGCAACCGCAACAGCAACAGCGGCAGUUCAGUCCUCCACCCAAUCAAUCCGGCGGUGGUGCCUGGCCACCACCACCACCAGGUCCACCUCCGCCCAACGCCGGGCAGGACCCUUGGGCAGGGUUGAACUCGUGGAAGUAG